AUGGUGCGGGCCAACUGUUGGGCUUUCUCUGAAAGCAGGUCUCACCUGGAAAGCGAGUCAGUGUCUGAAGAAGAGGAGGAAGUAAACACUGAAGGCCACAAGGUAUCACCGCCGAAGAACGAUGACCAGAAAAGCGAGGAGGCUGUGGGUUCCACGGAGAGUCCUGAAGAGGAAAUCCCAAAUGAAGGUGGAGGGGAACUUCCGCCAAAUGAAGGGGAAGAAGAAGAUGCCUGGGCUGAAGAGGCAGUGGAAUUCAUGGAGGAAGAGGAAGCUGAAGAGGAAUUCUAUUCCUUCCUCGAAGACAUGCACCCCAAAGAACCCACCAGCCUUACUGAGCCCGGCCACUUCAGUCCCCAGGAACUGCCCAAAGAGGACGGGGACAUGGAGUACCUGGAUGAGCCAGCCAGAGAGCUCUCAGGAGAGGCCAUGAGCAGCAUGACAAAACUCCCAGGAGAACCCCAGCAGAAAGCCUUCCCUAUGGGGACCCAGCACCGCUUCAGACCGAGCCGAGGGAGCAGCGAGGCAUCUUUGGAGGGGGCCCAGGUCCACCCGAGCCAGCAGCACCCCAUCCUGCAAGAAUCAGUGGGGCCUGAAGUCCCCUCCCAGGAGGGAGCCCAGCCGACGAUCUUGGACCAGAUCCAGCACAUCAGCAACGAGGAAGAGGAGGCAGUCCUGGUGGAUGCAGUGGAGUCCGAGGGCAUGGAGGAGCUACAGGGCGAGGGGUCCCAACUGGUGGUGUUGGACCCAGACCACCCCCUGAUGGUCAGAUUCCAGACAGCCCUGAAGAGCCACCUGAACCGACAGAUCGACAAGCUGAAGAUGGAAAUCCAAGAACUGGAGGUGGCCAGCAAGCAAAGCCUCGUCCAGCGGCAGGAACUGGGCGUGACUCUCUACGGGGCCCAGCAGCGCCUGGCUCGCCUGCAGAUGCAGCUGGAGAAGAGUCACGACCGUCACUCCAUCGUGGCGAACCAGAGGAGGCGGAAGGAGGAGGAGCUGCAGAAAGUGCGCACACUGUACACCAAGACCUACGCGACGGCCAACGAGGAGCGUAAGAAGUUGGCCGCCCUGCACACGGAGAUGGAGAACCUGGCUCUGCAUGUCUUCUACGUGCAGAACAUAGACCAGGACGUGCGUGGUGAUAUCGAAGUGAUGAAGCAGGUGGUGAAGAAGGCCGAGGUGGAGAGACGGCGGGCAGAGGUCGAGAAGAAGAAGCAGGAUCUGUUUGUGGACCAGCUCACCUCGCGGGUCCACCAGCUGGAGGAAAGCAUCAGUCUGCUUGAGGCCCAGCAUGUCACCCAGGCAGAGGACACCCGGCUCUUAAGGAAGGCGGUGAGCGAGGCCUCCAUGGAGAUCGAGGCCAUCAGCAUGGAGAAGAAGCGCAUCCUGCAGCAGUGGGCCACCAGCCUGGUGGGCAUGAAACACCGGGACGAGGCGCACAGGACCAUCCGGGAGGCGCUCAGCGAGUGCGAGCACCAAGCCAAGUCGCUCGAUGGCGAGAUCGAGGCCUACAAGAAAUCCAUCAUGAAGGAGGAGGAAAAGAACGAGAAGCUGGCGGGCGUCCUGCACCGGUCGGAGACGGAAGCCAGCCUGGUGCAGAAGCUGACCACGCAGUGCCUGAACAAGCACGAGGUGCUGCGGAACGAGUUCACCGCCUACCGGCUCACGCUGCAGGACGCCGAGGACUCCCUGAGCAAGGGCCAGCAGGAGCACACGGCAGUGACGAGCCAGCUGGAGGCCGUGCACCAGGCCGUGCGCCACGAGCUGGAGCUGAAGCACCGCAUGGACCGCUCCAUGGCGGCCAAGCUGCAGGACCAUGUGACCUCCAGCAAGCUGACCAAGUGCUUCCACCAGCUCCUGCAGAAGCUGCAGAAGGAAAAGACCAACCUGGUGACACAUCUUUCCAAAAUCAACGGUGACAUCGCUCAGACCACCCUGGACAUCACCAACACCAGCUGCAGGAUGGACAUGCAUCACAAGACACUGGCCGAGCUGGACCAGGAGGUGAAGAGAGUGAACGAGCUCAUCACCAACAGUGAGAACGAGAUUGCCAGGCGCACCAUUCUGAUCGAGCGCAAGCAAGGCCUCAUCAACCUCUCCAACAAGCAGCUGGAGCAGAUGGUCUCCGAGCUGGGGGGGGAAGAAGUUGGGCCCCUGGAACUGGAAAUCAAAAGGCUGACCAAGCUGUCAGAUGAACAUAACACCAAGGUGACUCAGGCCCAGGUGACCUGGCUCCGCCUGCAGCAGGAACUGGUCAAAGUCACACAGGAGCACGAGGAGCAGGCGACAUCCCUGGACAUGCUCAAGAAGGAGCUCCAUGUCCUGGAGCAGAAGAAACUGCGCAUCGACAACAAGAUCGAGCAGGAGAAGAGGGAGCAGAAGGAGGUCAGCCGCCACAUGAAAGAUCUGGGCAACGACCUGAAGAAACUCAACUUACUAAUGAGCAAGAACCGGUGCAGCACCGAGGAGCUGCAGCAGGACAACCUGGUGGCCGAGACUGAGUUCAUGCGCGUGCUGCAGGCCGAGGAGAGGGAGACCCUCCAGAUGCAGGAGAAACUGAGCCAGCUGCAGGAGGAGAAGACAGCACUCCUCAACAGCCUGGUGGAGGCAGAACACCAGCUCAUGCUUUGGGAGAAAAAAAUCCAACUGGCCAAAGAGAUGCGCGCCUCAGUGGAUUCUGAGACCGGCCAGACGGAGAUCCGGGCGAUGAAGGCAGAGAUCCACCGGAUGAAGGUCAAGUACGCACAGCUGAUGAAGCAGCAGGAGAAAAUGAUUCACGACAUGGAGGUGGCCGUGGCCCGCAGAGAGACCAUCGUGACCCAGGCUGAGGGGCAGGGCAAGACGAGCAAGAAGGUCUUCACCCGGACCGACUUCCACCACAAGCAGGUUGAGCUGCGACGGAAAAUCCGGGACACGCACCAGGCCACCGAGGAGUGCACCAAGACCGUCUCAGAGCUGGAAGAAAAUCAAAAGGUCCUGAGCAGCUCCCUGCUGGAGAAGCAGGAAAAUCUGGUGGCCAUGCAGAGUGCCGCUGACAAGCUUGAAGACGACGUCAGCCAGCUCAUAGCCCUUAAGCAACAGAACCUUUCCGAGAUUGUGGUCCUGCAGUCUCGCCUCAAGCACCUGGAGGCGGUGACAGAGGGGAGGUACGUGUUCCUGCUCCGCUCGGAGAAGUCCCUGCUUGCGGAACGCAGGCGCCUAGAGGACCGGCUGGCCCGGAUCAGCACAAUCCUCGCCCACGUGCAGGCAGAGUAUCCCCAGUUCCAGGAGGCCCUGCACAAGAUCAGCCAGAAGGUCACCAGCAAGCUUGAGUCACUGGGGCCAUCCUAG